AUUUAGACAUGAUAAAGUGACGAAUAUCCAUUAGAAAUUGUCUAUGGGGAUUAGUCCGGGUAUGAUUACUUUUAUUUGGAUUUUUAAUACUCUUUUCGAGGGGCUUUAGCCCGAUGACUGUUGUUUCGCAAUUCAAUUAAUUUUCGUCAUUUCGUCGCCUGAUGACUUGUAUUGUGAAAAGGCCCUAAUGGUGAUGUCUUGAAUUUCACACUGGGCACAAGCACAAGUGAAUUGAACACCGAUCGAGGAACGUUCGAGGGUUACCGUGUCGGUUUAUCCUUGUCUCCAGAACGGGUGAGAAAUGGCUGCACCAGCACAAGGGGUCAUCGAUCCGCCCCUCAAUGAUCCAGUCACGAAAGCUGUUGUUGAUAAUAUUAUGGGUAAUUUACCCACCAAAAAACCACUCGUGAGGUGCAAUGAUUGCGAUCUCUGCUUCACCAGUCAGACUGUUCUGGACGCCCACUUACAAGGCGCUCGACAUGCAAAACAGAUAAGAUCAAAAGUGAUAAUGGCUACCCUCGAAGAGACGAAGGUUGCGUUCACAAAGGACCAAGAGGCAAAUGGGCUAAAGUGUAAUGUCUGCAACGUGUGUCUUAACUCGAUACAGCAACUCCAAACACAUUUGAAUGGGAAUCGUCACAAGAAGAAAGUGAUGAAAGGUGCAUGGACUGAAGCCGAGGAGGAUAAGGAACAGGAAACUGCUGCUCCUGAACCAGAACCUGCACCAACUUCAAAGACAACAGGGGGUCUACUCUCUUGUGAGGCCUGCAAUAAGUUCUUCAAUUCCAAAGCUCAGUACGAUGUGCACAUUGCGUCCAAGAAACACUCACAAAAAAUAAAUCGUCCAGGUGCUUUGAAGACAAAGAAGAGACGAUUUACCCCAUACAAGAGAAAAAUCAAAUCCAAUGGCAAUGGUUCAGGUCAAAUGCAUCUAUCCAACAGCUUCGUAUCCGGUGGAUACGUCUACAAUUCAUAGAUGAACACUUAAUUUCUCUUUGAUCCACCUGAAUUUCUUUUUUCUCCUUUUCCAUUCUUUUGGAAUCCACAGUAUUACUUGCAUAUUAAUAAACAGGAGAAAUGGAUAA